GAGCCUGUGCAUUGUCAGAUGCACGGUUCAGUUAGCAGUAUAUUAUUAAAAACGAUAAUAACAACAACACAUAACUCAUCGCUUCGCUUUGUUCUCUCUUGUCAUAGAUCUCAUCCUCCAUAACCACAUCACCCCAAACACUCGUUCUUGCUUCUUCUUUUGAACUCCUUCUUCUAUUUCAGCCACCUGAGCAUAGUGUGAAAGAGGCACAAUGGGUAAUGAUGAUCCAGGAGGAAAGCAUAGAAUCCUGAUGGUUUCAGAUUUUUUCUAUCCCAACUUUGGUGGCGUCGAGAAUCAUAUUUAUUAUCUCUCACAAUGUUUACUCAAUUUAGGCCACAAGGUGGUGGUUGCAACUCAUGCGUAUGGAAAUCGAUCCGGUGUUAGAUAUAUGACUGGUGGUCUGAAAGUAUACUAUGUUCCAUGGAGACCUUUUGUUAUGCAGAAUACGUUUCCGACAUUAUAUGGGUUAUUACCGAUUAUACGAACUAUUCUUAUACGAGAAAGGAUUACAGUGGUGCACGGGCACCAAGCCUUUUCAACAUUUUGUCAUGAAUCUCUCAUGCAUGCAAGAACCAUGGGAUACAAGGUUGUGUUUACAGAUCAUUCGCUUUAUGGUUUUGCUGAUAUUGGAAGCAUCCACAUGAAUAAGGUGUUGCAGUUUACCUUGGCAGAUGUGACUCAAGCCAUAUGUGUUUCUCAUACAAGCAAGGAAAACACCGUGUUGAGGUCAGGUUUGCCGCCAGAGAAAGUUUUUGUGAUACCUAAUGCUGUUGAUACUUCCAUGUUCACCCCAGCAGUGGAUCGUCCAAGAACAUUGGAAGAGAUUGUUAUUGUUGUUAUCAGCCGAUUGGUUUAUCGGAAGGGGGUUGAUUUGCUUGUCGAAGUCAUCCCAGAAGUAUGCCAGUUACAUCCCAAUGUUCGUUUCAUUGUUGGAGGUGAUGGAGCUAAGCGCGUGCGGUUGGAAGAGAUGAGAGAAAAGCAUUCUCUACAAGAUCGAGUAGAAAUGUUGGGAGCUGUGCCACAUGCACAAGUCCGAUCUGUUCUAAUAAGUGGGCAUAUCUUCUUAAAUAGUUCCUUAACAGAAGCUUUUUGCAUAGCUAUAUUAGAGGCGGCUAGCUGUGGAUUGUUAACAGUCAGCACACGUGUUGGUGGAGUUCCUGAGGUUUUGCCAGAUGACAUGGUUGUUUUAGCAGAACCAGAUCCGAGUGAUAUGGUGUAUGCAAUACAAAAGGCCAUAUAUAUGCUGCCAAAAAUUGAUCCACAAGAUAUGCAUAAUCGAAUGAGGGAGCUCUACGAUUGGAACGAUGUUGCCAAAAGGACUGAAAUUGUGUAUGACCGUGCUUUGAAGUGUUCUAAUCAAAAUCUAUUAGAGCGUCUCUCACGAUACCUCGUAUGUGGAGCGUGGGCAGGGAAGCUGUUUUGCUUGGUUAUGAUUGUUGGUUAUCUGUUUUGGCAGCUAUUGGAACUAUGGCAGCCUGCAGAUGAUAUUGAGGAGGUUCUGGAUUUCACUCUUCCACACAACCAUGAAGACGAGAUAUUGGAAAAUGCACAAUGAUAUCAAUGGCGUGUUUUGGUGUACCACGAAGUUAUGUUUUGCUCACUAAUCUGAAAUGCAGAAAAAUACUGACAGUGUUUUAGUGUACCACGAAGUUAUGUUUUGCUCACUAAUCUGAAAUGCAGAAGAAGACUGACGGUGUUGUACUAGCUGCAAUCCAUCUCGGUUCCCAGACCUUGAAAAAGAGAUAAUUAUUAGUCCUUUGCAUUGUUGGUCGCGGCACUUGCGUGUGUCUGAAAUUGGAAGCUGGAAGCACUCUUAUUCACUUGCGUGUCUGAAAUUGGAAGCCGGAAGCACUCUUAUCGCGAUAUAGAGUACCACGGUAAGCUAUAUUAGUGUUAAUGUCAAUGUUUUUUUAGCAUUGCUUUUUUGAGCUUGGUCAUACACAAUAAUUUAGUUUGUAAGUUAAGGUUCUGAAUAUUUUGUACAAGAGCAUCUUGAGCUAGGAUAUCUUUGAACCUGUAGAAGCUAUUCUAUAGGAUGAUACUGCCAAUUUUAUUACCAUUUUUUGUUGGGUUAAAAUGAUCUUGUUUAAUUUUGUUUUUUUGAAGAUGUCAGAAUAAUUGUAUUUUCGAUUCAUAUAAUCUUUGUUAGUUUUACUAUUCA